AUGCCUAUCGAAGUUGGUCCGGACUGGUAUAUUUAUGGUAUGCAUUUUUCGGCAAUGAUCACAACACCAGUCAACAUUUUUGGAGUUUACGUUAUUUUAUUUUGUCAAACAAAACAACUGGCCUCUUAUCGGUGGCAUUUGCUAGUUUUUCAGGUUUGCUCGAUGACAUCCGAUUUUUUGCUCAACAUUGGCAUGCUUCCAGUGAUCUUUUCACCGUUUCCAAUGGGAGUUACUCAUGGGAUUUUCACGCGGAUAUUUGAAUUAUUUGGGUCUGAAAUAAGUACAGAGGCUCAGUGUAUUAUGGUAAUUGUCUCACUCUUCGUUACCGCCGGAAGUGUUGAACUUCUAUUUUUCCUCCGUUAUCAAGCUAUUCUUCCCGCCAGCCAUUCGAAUAAACUUACAACUGUAUUUUCUGUUAUCAUUAUUUUAAUAUGGCAAAUCUUUCUGAUUACACUGAUGCUUCUCAUGUUCAAGUUGGCAAUACCCGAUCAAAAAACUGCUAGAGCACAGUUUAUCGAGCUUUACCCGGAUCUCCAGUAUCUAGUGGCUAGUAAGCAUGUGUUCAUAGUAUGCGUAGUUGUCGAAACUAUUCAUGUCAUAUUCUUAUGCCUGUGCGUUUUUCGAAUCGGAAUUGGUGGCACAAUUGCAAUAGUGCUCAUUUGGAUGUCAAGUAGAGCUUUGAAAUCUGUUCAGCUAUCGCCAACCACUCGGAGGAUACAUUUGCAGUUGAUAAGGAGUUUGUGUUAUCAGAUAGCUGUGCCAAUUUUAGCAUUCUACAUACCUAUCAUAAGUUUGGUUGUUCCUUUGAUAUUUACUAUUCCCAACUCGCAAACGUCGUACUUCAUUUCUCUACUUUGCAUGUCUACGCAUACUUUUUUGGGUACAUUAAGCAUGUUAUACUUCAAUCGUCAUUAUCGUCAAUGGUUGUGCAGCAUUAUCAGAUCUCGGAAAUUUAGCACUUCUUUGCCAACGUCUAAGAUAAUUGUAGCUCGGGAAAGAUUGAACUCAUAUCGACCUGCAGUUAUAUAAUCUUUCGAUGAAAAUUUCUUAAUUAAUAUUGAAUUAAUGUCUUAAGUUGGUUUGUUGGGUGUUAUAACUAUGUAACAAUAAAUGAAGUAUCA